CAGUAGAUUUCAGAAGGGAUUGGAGGAAAACAAGAGGGGGAGAGAAUGUGACAACUGCCGGCUCUGGCUGCUGCCUUGGGGAGGCCUCCUGCACCUGUCCCUGCCUGUCUCUUGGCCAGCACUGUUGUUGAAUCAGACAAGCAGAGAAACAUUCUUAUUUGCCAGAGCAGAACGGCGUGCAGAAGCAAGAACAUGACUUCUUCAUUCAAGCUGGAUUUUCUUCCUGAUAUGAUGGUCGAUAGCCGUUUGCUAGUUUCUGACAGAAUUAACGGCACAACCAACAAGAUGAAUGGAGCUUUGGAUCACUCAGACCAGCCAGACCCAGAUGCCAUUAAGAUGUUUGUUGGUCAGAUCCCAAGAUCGUGGUCAGAAAAAGAACUUAAGGACCUUUUUGAGCCUUAUGGAGCCGUCUAUCAGAUCAAUGUCCUUCGAGAUCGGAGUCAAAACCCACCCCAAAGCAAAGGUUGUUGUUUCGUAACGUUUUAUACAAGAAAAGCUGCACUAGAAGCACAGAACGCUUUGCACAAUAUUAAAACUUUACCUGGGAUGCAUCAUCCUAUUCAGAUGAAACCAGCAGACAGUGAAAAGUCAAAUGCUGUGGAAGACAGAAAAUUGUUCAUUGGGAUGGUUUCGAAGAAAUGUAACGAGAACGAUAUCAGGGUGAUGUUCUCUCCAUUUGGUCAAAUAGAAGAAUGUAGAAUUCUUCGGGGACCUGACGGGCUGAGUCGAGCAAGUCAACACUGCUGUGCGUUUGUUACAUUUUCUACAAGGGCAAUGGCACAGAAUGCAAUCAAAGCCAUGCACCAGUCUCAGACCAUGGAGGGCUGUUCUUCACCAAUAGUGGUGAAGUUUGCCGAUACUCAGAAAGAUAAAGAGCAGAGGCGUCUACAGCAGCAGUUAGCACAGCAAAUGCAACAGCUCAAUACUGCCACUUGGGGAAACCUAACUGGGCUUGGAGGACUGACACCACAGUAUUUAGCACUCCUGCAGCAAGCUACCACCCCCAGUAACCUGGGUGCAUUUAGCGGCAUUCAGCAAAUGGCUGGCAUGAAUGCUUUGCAAUUACAGAAUUUGGCUACUUUAGCAGCUGCAGCAGCCGCAGCCCAAACCUCAGCAACCACCACAAAUGUAAACCCUCUCUCUACAACGGCUAGUGCACUGGGAGCCCUAACAAGUCCGGUGGCCGCAUCAACUGCUAACUCUUCAGCUGGAGCUGCCAUGAAUUCUUUGACAUCUCUGGGCACGUUACAGGGUCUGGCUGGAGCAACCGUUGGACUGAAUAAUAUUAAUGCACUAGCAGGUACCGUAAACAUUGCUCAAAUGCUCUCAGGUAUGGCGGCUUUGAAUGGAGGACUUGGUGCCACAGGCUUGACGAAUGGUACAGCUGGUACAAUGGAUGCCCUCACCCAGGCCUACUCAGGAAUUCAACAGUACGCAGCGGCGGCACUGCCUACAUUAUACAGUCAGAGUUUGUUACAACAGCAGAGUGCUGCAGGCAGCCAGAAAGAAGGCCUUCUUUUUAUUUCCGCUCAAGGGCCUGAAGGAGCAAAUCUAUUUAUUUACCAUCUUCCUCAAGAGUUUGGAGACCAGGACAUCCUACAGAUGUUUAUGCCUUUUGGAAAUGUUAUCUCUGCAAAAGUAUUUAUUGACAAACAGACCAAUCUGAGCAAGUGCUUUGGUUUUGUUAGCUAUGACAAUCCUGUCUCUGCACAAGCUGCUAUCCAGGCGAUGAAUGGCUUUCAGAUCGGCAUGAAACGCUUGAAAGUUCAGCUGAAACGCUCCAAAAAUGAUAGCAAACCUUACUGAUCCUAACCCCAGAAGAUUUCUGCUCUUAUUUUAGCUUUCUUAGGGUAAGUCCCAUGAGCCAGCCUGUUCUGGGGGCUGAGGAGGAAAACAUUGCCAACACUCACCGAAAGAGACAUUUAUUUUUACAUUAAACGCUUCCAUUCCCUUCUACCCUAGCCCCCUGAUCGUGCCAUUACUCUGGCUAUAUUUUCUUACCCAGAAUCCAGCAAGUUGUCUAACAAUAUUUUGUUUCAUUUUUCAGUUCCCAUUUUUUUCUUUGUAUGACACCUUAAUACUUUACAAUAGCUAAACAAACUAUGUGCAAUUAAACUCCACAGCCACUGGUGCCAACCAACUCCUGAAGAUGAGUAAAGAUUUAAGGACCUGGUUAUGUGAUAGUGACACCAGCAGUUAAGAGUGAUAUGAUUGCCUAGUGUUGCCAAUGAGUGUACUUUUGUAUGCAAGAAUCACUCACAUACAGGCAAAACAAGAGCCUUUCCACUGCAUCAAAUUGUUUUUGACGGUUUGGUUUGAUUUGGCUAGAUUUUCUGACAAAACUGGUCGUUAUUUAUGUUUUUAUGAUAGAACAUAACAUACUGCUUUUUGUUACUGGGUUAUUUAUUUAUUUAUUUAUGUUAUUAUACAAUGAGUAUGUUUUGAGUUGUAAAAAAAAAUGACUUGGAGAUCUGUUUCUAAAGCUACAGGGUUUAAAUAUAACAAAAUGAGUGAAAAUACUUUUAAUGUUUCUUGAAAGAUAAAUUUAAUAAUAAAGGAAGCCACAGGCCUGUAAAUUUUAUUUGUAAAAAAACAUUUCUAUUUUUAUACAAAAUUUUUACUGCCUCAGACAAUAAUGGGAGUUAUUUAUUGUUAACUUAUUGGAUACCUAAAGAGAAGUUCUCAAUGCUAGCUAGAUACCUUUUAAAAUAGUCUCUAGAGUAAAAGGUUGUUUUAAGAAGAAAAAAAAGAUACAGUAUUUUCACAUAAUACCCCAUUAUGCACAAUUCAUUCUCUUCCUCUUGUAUGUUUUGUUUAUCCAUGUGGUUUAUCUGUUUAUCUGUUUGUUAGUUUUCCAUUGCCUAGAUAAAGGUUUGUUGUGUGACUUAUAUUUGUUGUGUGGCAUUUGUUCAAGUGGCCUCUUUUACCCUGUGUGCCCCUCCCUUCCCAAAGCUACCCAUCUGCACUAACUCUAACUAGAUGGUUUCUUUUGGGCUGCGCAAUGCAGCUUUUUUGGACAAUUUCAAAAAAAUACCUUAAAGUAAAUACAAAUAUGGAAUGAAAUAUAGCCUUUAGCAACAAAGGUCUGCAUAAUAUUUACACUCCUUCACUGGUUAACUCUUUCAGUGCUGGGAAUGCCAGAACUGCAUUUUGUGUGAAUAGACAACUGACCAGUUCAGCACUGAAGAGCUUAAAAAGUGAAUUUUUUUUCUACUGCUUAGAUUCUGUGUAACUUUGUACUCUUCCUUGUUUUUUUUCCCUAGAACAUCUCCAUGCCUGUUAGUUCACCGUUUGCCUAGCAUGUCCCUGUGGCGUCUGUAUAUAAAAAAAAAAAGUUUCAUCGUCCCGUCAUUGUUUCUGAUGUCUUUCUGACCUCACAUCAUAUUUGGUCCUCCAACUGACUUAGUUUGACUUCUGAAUUUUAUAUGUGAUCUCAUCUAGCUAUGAAUUCUGGAAAAAAAAAAGUCAGAUGUGAAAAGCGUUGCAGCAUUCACGCGAGACUGAAAUUUACUAAUAUCAGAUAUUAGAGUUUAAAAAAAAAAAACCUGUGGCAAUUUUUUUCUUUUUAGUUUCAUGAUACAAACAGACUUGAAAGUAUUAUACAGGGAUUAGCAUUCUGUCUGGUCACUGUUACCUAAAGCAAUAUGUGUCCAGGAAUGCAGAAUGUUGGUUUCUUAAUGAAGCAGACAACUUCCAAAACAGUUUGAAAAAAACUGUCUGAUUUUAAGUCUCUAGAGCUCUGUAAUAGUUUUUACAUUUUUCAGGCAGUGUAAAGUUUUUUGAUAAGGCCAUUUUAGGUGGCUCACUUUCUCAUUAAAUUAUAUAUAUAGAACCACUUUUUUGUAGAUUAGUAUAAGAAAAUAUUUACCCUGUUUCAGGGCAAAUGCUACCUAGUUCUGUCACCUUUUGCUGAACUGACUCACAGUUAGACAAUCCAUGGUUUAAUGCACAUGAAAUUACCUAUAUUUUAUACUGUGUAAUUGUACAGAAGAGAAGGUAACUGUAUACUGUGUCACAUUGGUGCUUCUGUGAAUUUAGUUGUGGCUUCAUUAAGUCUUAAAAGUCUUCAGUGUUCUAUGUUAAUAAAAAAAAAAAAAAAAGUUUAAAACAAAUUGGUUUACUUGAACGAAAAAUAAUUUUCCGAAAUAAAGUCUGUUUGCUAUGAUUUCAUGUGAAACAUAAACUAUUCCAGAAAAAAAAAAAAAGUUUUGUGUUGGCUUGUAAAGAAUUGAUGUUAUUAUUUUCUAUUGUUGGGAAACUUAGAUGUGUUUGUGUUCAGCAAAAUGUGACCUGUUUUUUUUUCUUUUAAAGAAAAAAAAAUCAGCGAAAAUACAGUGCCAAAUUCCAAAGGUACUUCCUGCCUAAAGCUUCAGUGUAUUUCGUGUACGAAGUAAUUUGAUAACAUGGGUAUUUUAUUAUGUGUUUUGUAUAAAUCCCUUCUAUUUAAAAAAAGAGAGAGGUUACAAAGUUUGUUAACUUGCUAUCCUGUGGUCUUGUUGCCUGAAAUUGUUAUUGUUUGUUAAUUCUCUUUGAUGUUUUUGGUAAAACAUUGUAUACAGUAAGUGCCCAUGUUACACUUUUUUAAAACCACUCUGCACAUGAAAAGCUGUGAAAGCAAACCUCACCAUUGUACUUUCUUCAUGGUCUGUGGAAGUCCCUAAGGUGUCAAAUGGUUGAACUGCUAUUCCUUUUAAUUACUCGUGCUGUCCUAAUGAAUCAGGGUAUUUAAAGCACACAUGGAACUUAUACGAUGUAUAAAGCACAUGAACACUUACAGAAUUCGUAGAACUACACACAAUUCAUUUUUUCUAAUGCAAAUUCACAUUGUAGAAGCUUAGAACAAAACAUUAAACUGAAAAGUGCCAUAUUUGCUAUUGUGAUUCUGUCAUCAUGAAUAUAACACAAAUAACAUGGCUCAUGUACAGAUCACAAUGAAAAAGAAACCACAUUCUUGUUUCGUUUGGUUUUUUUUAAAUCCCCAGCAGGAACUGCUUUUAAAACUUUGCACUCAGUCAGUAAAGAAUUUGUUAUCAUGUUAGUGCCUAAGAAAAAUAAACCCAUUAAAUGCAGUAACUUGUAUAAAGUUAACUUGUAUACCAUCAUCUGUGUUGAGAAAAUAGGGAUAUAUAUUAUGAUCCUUACAAGUGUUUACUACUGUAUUCAUGGCUCCAUCCAGAACUAUUUGAGGGCUAUUUUUUUUUAUUAAAAACUUAAAAAAAGCAAUGAAUAUAAAUAAGGUUUUUGACAUAAAGAUUUAUGUGAAUUUGAUUAACUUGAAAUUUGUAAAAUGCUGCCCCUUUCGAAAUAGAAUUCAUACCAGAAGUUACAUUUACUAUUCAUGGUAAAACAUUUUCUAAUGAUAUAUUUAUAAAGCCUUUUAACCAACUCACGUUUAAUAAACAAUACGAGUAAUUCUUGGCAUUAAGCACCUAUUACCCCAUUACACAUUGGUACAAGUCAGGGUAUUAAACCUCUCUGUAUCAGAAGAGAUAAAUAGUGUGAGGCUGAAAACCAUUUGAUACGUCAGAGGCACCGACUUAGCAACCAAAUUAAAACCAGUUAAUGUCUUACGUGCUGGGGUGGCGUGUAAUGCACAGAUGCACCCUAUUUUCCCAUUGAAAUAAAUAGUGUGCCCUAAACGCACCAUGAAAGCCAGCUACAUCUGUAGUAGUACAAUUAAAGGUCCUCUCCCGCACCAAUGUGGUUUCAUACCUGGAUUGCACUGAAAAGACAGUGCUUAAAGGACUAAUAUGUUCAACUUUUUUCACCAUGGGGAUUCUAGUUUUUUUGACUUGUGCAACUCUGAAGUCAUUAACUGUUCUGUUUUUAUUAACUCAAGUGCUAAAUGACAAUAAGGAAAAAUGCUGUAGCUUCAUGACAUUCUGAACUACAUCAUACAAAAGAAAUGUAUUUGUGUUACUUUUUUUGUGCUGUGAGAAUUGUUGUUUGUAGAUUAAAUAAUACUUCAUUUUGUUUUGAAUUACAAAUAGUUUUUGAGUAUUGUCUGAGAAAAGCCAAAGUUAAUGCAAAUUUAGUGGAAACUGUAAGUUCAUUUAAGUAUUGUUUCUGUAUUCUGUUCAAUUGAUGCAUUUUUGGUUCUGUUGUGUGAUGGAAUAUAAGCCAAAAAAAAGGUAAAAAAAAAAGUAGAAAAAAAAAACCCAGGCUUUCCUAUUUCUACAAACUGAUUGUACUUAUGAAUUUUGUACCAGUGCAAAAUUUUAUACUGGAGAUUAAAAAAACUAAAGGAAAAGGUGUGGCUUACUCUUGAGGGCCUGAUUCGGACUGAUUUUGAGUUUGAUUCCUGAUUGAUAAAAGUUGGUUUUGCUUUCAAUAGUUACAAACUUUGGCUUGCUAUUUUAAUUUGCUUAUGUCUAGAUUUUAGAAUUAUGUCUAAAACAACGCGGUAAGUUUCACUUUUUAUUAUGUAUUGUGCAGUUACACAAUAAGGUAAUUAGAGUUAGGCGUACAAAGUCACUUUAAGUGGAUAAAUGUAUUAGAAAAACAAAAAAAAAAUAGAGGUUUGCUUUUUUGCUGUUUAGAUCAAAAUUUUUCUGAUUCUUCUGUCUUCAUUGUGAACAUAACUGUGUAGUUAAAACAGUCAAACUUAUUUUUGUAAUGUAUGUUAUUGUGUGAUGCAGUUUUUGCUUCUGUCUUCAAUAUUAAACCAUUUUCCUAAUA